GGACAAGCCGUGGUCCUGAUGACUCAGAGGCUUUUCAGGAGAUCAGAACCGAGGCUGGAACGGACCAGCUGCAGCUCCCCGUGCUCCGUCCUGUUCGUGAUGCUCCAUCUCAGGUGUUUGGAUGCAGACCUGCAGUCAGAAGGUCUUUCUCUGCGGUUUGAUGUCUGCAGGGGAUCCGGCGCCAUCUGACCGCGCAGCUGAUCCUGUUAUCUCCUCAGGCGACCCCCCCGAGCUCAGCUGCUUACAGCUCAAGAGGAUUACUGGAUUCCUGCAGGAGCAUCAGAGCAGAUCCAGAGAGGAGCGGAGGAUGGACCGGCUCGGAGCUGCGCUCGCCUUCAGGCUACUGCUGAUCAGCUGGCUCGCUGCUGGGCCGGCGCUGGCCCGGGUCCGACACCCUCUGCCUGUUCUGUGGAUGAUGCCUCCUGGCUCCGGGGCUGGGGGGGGCAAUCGGACUGCCGGCAUCGUCUCAGCUGUUGAACUGGCUCUGCAGGACUUGGAGAAACAACCGGUGCCGCUGGGAAACUACCAGAUCCAGAUGCAGCCGCUGGACUCCCCGUGUGACCCUGCUAGAGCGAUCAAAGCUCUGUUUGACACUCUGUGGGCGGGGCCCAGGUAUUUACUGCUGUUUGGAGGGGCGUGUCCACCUGUGAUGGCGCUCUUGGCCCGCUCUCUGCCAGCUCUUUCCCUGGUCCAGGUGUCCUUCACCGCCACGCCCCCCAGCCUUUCCAACAGGAAGUGGUACGGGAACCUGUGGAGCACAGCGCCGUCAGAGCGAGGCGUGAACCAGGCCACCAUAAAGCUGCUGCAGCGCUUCAGGUGGAGGAGAGUCGGCGUGAUCGCGCAGGAGCCAUUCUUUGAGGUGAAGGACGACCUGGUCCGGCAGCUGCAGAAGGUCGGCAUCCGUCUGGCGGCUGCAGAAGGUUUCUCUGAGGAUGCCUGCGGCGGCCUGAAGAAGCUGAAGGAUGAAGAUGUCCGCAUCAUCGUCGGAUUCUUCCGUGAAGACUUUGCGUCGGAGGUUUUCUGCUGCGCAUACAGGCAGAACCUGUUCGGCGCUCGGUACCAGUGGAUUGUGGCUGGUGGGGGAGCGGCGGGAUGGAGGCACUCAGCCUGCGCAGCCAGCAGUCUGCAGACGGCUGCAGACGGGUCCUUCAGGGUGCAGGUCGACACGCCGGGACGGACUCCUCAGGAAUAUCAGGACUCUUACCGCCGCCGGCUGAGCCAGGAAGGGUCAACCUUCCACCCGUACGCCUACGAUGCAGUGUGGGUCGCUGCCAAGGCUCUGAGUCAGGCGAUGGAGGCAGUGAGACAGCGGGAGAGGUACCAGAGGAACGCCACGCUCGGAGAGGAGGAGGUGGUGAAGAUGCUGCUCGGAGCCGUCAAGAACACACGCUUCGACGGCGUCACCGGUCCGGUUCUGUUUCGGAACGGGGAGAGAAUGACCACCAUCCACCUGAUCCAGGUUCAAGGCGGCGGCGGCGUGGCGGUGGGCGAGUUCAACACCAGCACCCAGCAGCUCCGCCUCAACAACCAGCUGCUCAGGUUCUCAGGUUCUGGACCAGCCAGAGACCAGCCGGUCCUCCUCGUGGAGCAGCGUCUGGUCAGCCUCCCUCUGUACGUCGCUCUGUCGUCGGCUGCAGGAGGAACCAUCUUCAUCACGCUGACGGCCCUCCUCUUCGUCAUCAUCAACCGCAGACGCUGGCGGAGGAUCUCCGGCGGUUCCUCCCAGGACCUGCUGCUCCUGCUGGGCCUCCUGCUCUCCUCCUCCUCGGUGCCUCUCUCCGGUCUGGAUGGAGCCUCGCUGUCCGAGUGGACCUUAGAGACCCUCUGCUCCGCCCAUCUGUGGACCCUCUCAGCGGGACACGCCGUGACCUUCGCUGUGCUUCUCAUCAGAACCUGGAGGGUCUACUGCCAGAAGCUGCAGAAGGAACCGGACUGGAUCCUGAUCUGGGUUCUCCUGCCGGAUGUGUUUGUUCUGACCUCCUGGCAGAUCCUGGACCCCCUCAGGCGGGUGGAGCUUCAGCAUCAGUCAGAGAGCCAUCCUGCAGAUCCGGACCUCAUCACUCGGCCGUUCUCCAAACACUGCGGCAGCGGCAACAUGGAGCUGUGGCUCACCGCCGCCUUCGGGUUCAAGGCCCCCCUGCUGGGGCUGGGAUGUUUCCUCGCCUGGAGCAUCAGGUCGGCGGACGCGGCUAAACCGCUCACCUUCAGCAUGUUUGCUCUGAGCGCGCUCAGUGCGUCCGGCGUGUCGGGGUCGCUGCUGACCUCCCACAAUCCUCCGCUUCAGUUCUGCCUGAGCAGCCUCCUCAUCCUCAGCGGAUCCCUCCUCCUCCUGGGGGCUCUGCUGGGACCGCAGAUCUGCGUGGCGGUCCGGGGGGACGUGGAGGUGCAGCUGCCCUCAGAGCUCCAGGAGGAGGUUUCAGAGGAGGAAGACCAGCUGAGGAGGAGGAACCAGCAGCUGAAGAGUCAAAGUGCUCAGCUGGACGUCCAGAUUGAAACCAUCAGCAUGCAGCUCUCAGAGAUGACGGAAGACGCGGCUGGAGAGCAGCAGACAGCUUCUGGAGGAUCUUCUGCAGUGAAGACCCAUGAAGUUCAGCUCUGCGCUCUGAAGGCCUCCAGCUUCUGCAGCAUCAACUCCCCUGAACAGGUGAGCCGCCGUCUGUCCGUCCAGCUGCCCAUCCUCCAUCAUGCUUACCUGCCGGUCGUCGGCGGCGUCAGAUCCAGCAGCUCCAGUCUGUCCGGCUGCCAGGAAGCGCCAGCCCUCCGCUAUAACAACUUCCUGUGAGCUGUGGCGCCGUUCCUGCAGGAACCGAAGCAGAAGAACAUCCAGCAGUUUUAUGUCCUGAUGAAUAAACACGUUCACACAACGUUAAACUGA